GCCGACGAAGUGUGAAGCUGUAGAGCUCGCGCCUCUUCAGACUCAGACACCUUGGAGACAAGAAUACAGCGCGAGCACGACUCACACGCGGACGUAUAAAAUGCUGUUGAACAACGAAACCAGUCUGACGAGUCGGGCUCUGGCUAAAUUCUAACAUUACUCUGCGAGCAGAAGAAGAGCCAUGAAGAAACACCUGAGUCCUACGAAACAGCAUCAACAGCCGCAGCCGCCACCACCGGCUGAAGUCCCGGUUCCAGCCUGCGAGGUGACCGUCCAGCAACUCAACGAGCUCCUGUCCGACGGCAACGGCUUUUACAGCCUACCGACACAGCACUUCAACGAGGUCUUUCCCAGGAUAUACAUCGGUAACGCGUUUGUCGCUCAGAAUACAAUGCGUCUGCAGAAACUUGGUGUGACGCACGUCUUAAAUGUAGCAGAGGGCACCUCCUUCAUGCAUGUCAACACCAGUGCGGAUUUCUACGCUGGCACGGGCAUCACCUAUCAUGGCAUCCAGGCCAAUGACACAGAGCAGUUCGACCUCAGUGCCUUCUUUGAGGAAGGGGCUGAUUUUAUCGACAAGGCCCUAGCGCACAAUAAUGGCAAAGGGAAGGUGUAUGUACACUGCAGAGAAGGCUACAGCCGCUCCCCCACCAUGGUUGUUGCUUACCUCAUGCUGCGCCACAGAAUGGAUGCACGGCUGGCGGUGGCCACUGUGCGGCACAAGAGAGAGAUCGGUCCUAACGACGGCUUCCUUCGCCAACUGUGCCAACUCAACGAGAAGCUGGCAAAGGAGGGCAAGCUGAACGGGGACCUUGGCAAAUUAAAGGCCAAGUGAAAGCUGGAGAGGUGCUGCCCGUCUCCUCCGGCCAUGCCUUUGACUGGCUGCAGCUGCUCUGGUAGACUGACCCCACCCUGACCAAACCAGCACUCAUCUAACACAUCAGGGGUAUUCUGAAGCAUACAUGCAUUUAUCUGUGGAAUUAUUCCUCGUGUUCACACACACUUGCACAUGUACAUGCUGUUCUGUUUGAAUCUUUAGUCCACGUCUCUCACUGCUGUUCUACAAAGAGUGUGAUCUCAAAAAAAACCCCCAUCCCCCUUUUUAUAACUCCACACAGAUUUUGCUGCUCAUACCCUAAAGCUCUGAAUUCCUCUCAUUUCUGAGCUACUUAAAGCAUUCCUUCAAUUCCCACAACUUAGAAAUUUGAUAUCUUUGCCCUGAUUUUAAAAUUUUACUUACAAACUUGUAGGAAAUAGAAGAUUAUAGCACAAUCAUUCCAUAGUUUACCACUGCCGGGAAUGUCAGUGAUGUCUCCGCCAGUAGGAGUACUCUAAAUAAUUCCAAAUAAACUCCUAAAUAUUGAAA